ACAACAACAGCACAGACUUUUGAUCCCAGUCAGAAAAGUCGGAGAGAAAGUUGCAGCGCUCAGAGCUUCAGUCAGUCCACACAUACUGUGGGACAUGUGUGAUGAAGACAGCGGCAGUCAUGAAGUCCGCUCUGCUUCACGUGCUGCUGCCGUUCUUGCUCUGUGUCGCCUUGGCGAACACCAGCCUGUUCGACGAAGUUAAAGUGGACUUGUCUUAUGCACAUUAUGCUGAGCCACGGGUCGACUAUCUGCCCACGCUCCUGGCCAUGCCCUGUAACUGUCUGGUGAACCUGGCUUAUGUCUGCCUGGGGCUGUACUGGCUGCUGCGGCAUGGAGGCGGCAAAGAGACGGAACAGAGUCGCUACUUGAGGCAAGUGUUUGCCUUCAUGGCGGUCUUUUACGCGCCUGUCCAGUGGACACGCUUGGCGGUGCUGCGGCGCGCUCCCGCCGUGCUCGACCAGUGGUUCACCUUGCCGAUCUUCGCGUGGGUUCCGGUGUGGAUCCGCUUUAUCGAACACGGGCCGGCGAAGUGGCGCGCGUCGCAUGCGGCAGCUGUCGAACUGCUUUCUCUCUCCAGCUACGGCCUGGCGCUGGCGCACGAGCGCGGUUUCGAGGUGGCGCUGGGCUGUCACGUCGGCCUCGCGGUGUACCGAGGAGUUCGCCUGCAGUUCGCGCGCGGGGACGGUCGCACGCGGGGAUAUCUGCUGCUGGCGAUGCUGUCUUGUGCGGGGUUCGUGGUGCUGAAGCUGCUGGACCACUGGCUCGCUCGGUUCCAGCUGUUCCAGCGGUUCACCGGACACUUCUGGUCUAAAGUGUGCGACGUGCUGCAGUUCCACUUCAGCUUCUGCUUCCUGAGCACACUGACACACAGGGUCCGGGGAAAGACCGCAGCACAGCUGGAGUGAAAGACAAGCACGGACGAGGAGCAGUUCACCAGCUAAACUCUCUCAGAUCAGUUAGGAGCCAGUAAAGACAAUAACACCUUCUGGGUUGCCAGGUUCUGGCAAAGCCUCCUCCUGCAGACACUAUGUCUUUUCAGCUCUUGAAUUCAUCAGAGAGACCUGUCCAAUGGACAGUUUGACCACUGAUCUUCUGCCUCUUAUGCAAGAGGCCUGUGGACAUCUGGACCAAACUCCAUCUAGAAGCUAACUGUUUAUAAUCUCAGAGCAAUUGCAACAGGGAUUUCUCUCAGUUUUCUGAAUGUUUUCAAAUCAAAUAAUGAAUCAAUUUAAUCAAAAUCAAUCAAUCAAAACCAAAUAAUCAGUAGAUUAACCCAUAAUUAAAAUAACCAUUAGCUGCAGUGAUAUAUAUGUAAUAAAGAUUCAACCAACUACAACAGUAAAAUGCUGUUUCCACAUAAAUGCGUGAGGAAUAAUAAUCUUAUUAUAUAAUAUACAAUAGUAAACCAGUGAACAGGGGCAUUCUUCUGCUUUGAGUAAUGUGCUGACUGCAGUUGUUUACUUGUGGAGUAAAUAAAUAACUAUUAGU